AUGACGCGGCAUCUGGCGGACUCGGACGAUCUGGCGGAGUGGGCGGAGCUGGCGGAGGCGGUGCUGGCGGACCCCGUGUACCGCGACCGCCUCGAGUGGUUCGAGUACGAACGCCGCUUGCACCGCGACGGCGCCGCUGCUGCCGUGCAGUACGCACGGGACGCGGGAUGGGUGGACAUGACAGACACGUUCGCCUGGAGCGGAGUGGACAUGGAGAUGCUAGGCACCUCCUUCACCAAGCCCAUACCUCGCACCCACACCUCUGGCACUGCUGCGCCCGCCGCACCCGCUGUCUUCCCAUAUUCCUCCGGCCCUGCAGUAUCUGGAGUCCCCUCUGUCCGAAAGCGCACAGCUCGUGCCCGCCAGGGCCGCGCGGGGUUGGGCUGGCCUUCAGGCGUGAAUCUUGCGGCUGUACGCGCGCAGCAGGAGCAGCUGGCCCGGCGGCAAGAGAGAAGGAAACGGCAAUCUGAGAGGCGACAGCAGCAGACAGAAGGCGGGAAUGCAGGGGAUAGUGAAGAGGGAGGGAUUGAGGAAGUGGAUGAGGGGUACAUGAACCUUGAGAAAGUGAGCAGCGACUGGCUGCUUGAUAUGGUGCAGAAGCAACAGGCGUCAAUCGAAGAGAAGCGGACCAAGGCAGGGCGUCAGGAUGAAAUGGGCAGUGAAGGUUCGCAAGCAGGAAAAGAGCCUUCGGCUCUUGCUGUGUGCUCUGUGUCUUCCCAUCGCAUCUCUGCUGUGCUGCAUGCUCCUUCGCCCACCUGUGCCACUCUUUCCUGUCAGGCGGCGUCGGUUCCUGCUGCUGUUGGCGCUGCUGACACUGGUGGCGCUCUUUGCAUGGCGGUGCUCUCAUCGGACGGCACGCACCGCCGCCUGCUGCUGCCGCGCCGCACCAGCUCCGCCGUACCACCGCCACUCGCCACAAGCUCGCUGCUGCAGGCGGGGGUGGGGAGCCCUGGGGCGCAGGCACCGGUGCAGGGGGAGGGCGAGGGCGGGGUAGCAGAGGGGAGCGAAUCGCACACGCAUGGGCGUGAGGCAGCGUCGCUGUGGCCUGAGCCCGCCCCCCAGGGCUGGGUGGCGCAUGCAGGCGUGCGAGACACGGCAGUCUGGCCUGCGCCAGCGGAGGAGAGCAACGGAUUCGUGGUGGUGAGGUGCAACGGAGGGCUCAACCAGCAGCGCAGCGCGGUGCGUGAUGGGACGGCAGAGGGGCAGCGGAGAGAAGCAAUUGCGGGAUGUAUAGGAUCACUGCCGUCAAUACCAGUGCCGUUAUGCCACUCUCCCACUCCCAUACAGUCCGUGAGGUUGCUUGUCCUGCCCAUUCUGCCGUGGUGUCUCUGUCUUUUCCACUUCCCUUCUCAUGGCUCCCAUGGACCACCACCAUGCUCUAUAUGCAACGCAGUGGUGGUGGCGCGCAUCAUGAACGCCACUCUAGUGCUGCCACGCCUUGACACCAAUGAGUUCUGGAACGACACCAGUGGGUUCGCCACGGUGUACGAUGUGGACCACUUCAUUGCCACGCUCGCCGCCGAUGUGCGCAUUGUCAAGGACCUGCCGCCACACAUAACGGCGGACAAGCGCGCCAAGCUCGUCCGGCUGCGUCCACCGCGCGAGGCCCCAGUGCAGUGGUACGAGAGCGACGCGCUGCGGGUGCUGCGACGGCGGGGCGGGGUGUACCUGACGCCGUUUGCGCACCGGCUGGCGGAGGAGCUGGGCACGGGCAGUGUGGCGCUGGAGCUGCAGCGCCUGCGCUGCCGUGCCAACUUCCAUGCGCUGCGCUUUCACCCUGCCGUGCACGCGCUGGCUGACAGCGUGAUGGCGCGCAUGAGAGCACGCAGCGCAGCGCUGGGCAUGCAGGGGCGCUUCAUUGCUGUGCACCUGCGCUUCGAGAAGGACAUGCUGGCAUUUGCAGGGUGCUUCAACAUAUUCUCUGAGGAGCAGCAGGUGGAGCUGAAGGCAUAUCGAGAAGCUAACUUUGCAGAGAAGGAGCUGGAGCAGUCCAGGAGAAGACGAAUUGGCAAGUGCCCACUCACACCGCACGAGGUGGGGCUCACACUGCGCGCCAUGGGCUUCCCCAACAGCACGCUGCUCUACCUGGCGGGGGGGGCAGUGUACGGGGGAGAGGCAUUCAUGCGCCCCCUGCAGGCGCUCUUCCCCAACAUAGUGCGCCGUGCGGACGUGGCGACGGCGGAGGAGAUGGAGGCGGUGGAGGGGCAUGGCAGGGCGCUGCUGGGGCAGGCCGUGGACUACAUUGUGUGCACCAAGGUAGGCCAUGCUCCACGCUUCCUGCGAUCCCAUUGUGUGCCCAGCUAUGACGGCCCCAGCAACUUUGCCAAUAAUGUGCUUGGUCACCGCCUGUACCUCGGGUUUCUCCCAUCGCUGAGGCCUGAUCGCCGCUCACUGUCCCGUGUGCUGGACGAAAGGGAGGCAGGUGGCAUAACAGAGGACGUGUUUGGCCCUGCUGUGAAGAACGUGCUUCGGAAGAUACCAUCAGCAUCACCCUUCCCUCGCCGCCAUGGCCACAUGGCCUUCUUUGCUGACCCAUGGCCUGAGUGCUUCUGCCAGAACCCAAGUACAAAUUCCAAUGUUGAAGGCGGCAAGAUACGCGCAAAGGAUACAUGUCCUCGGCACGUUGCCGAAGAGAUAGCGCACAUAUAA